AUGCAAUCUAUUUCUAUUCUUACAAUUGUUGUGUUCGCUUUCAGCUGUACAUUGGCUCGCGAUGUGACUCUCAAUCAACAAUGGAAUUUAUGGAAAAAUGCGUACAACAAACGCUAUUCUAAUGCUGAAGAACACCUUCGUCGUGCUGUCUGGGAAAAUAAUUGGAAGAUAGUUGAAGAACACAAUUUUCAAGCUGAUCUUGGUGUUCACACAUACUGGCUCGGAAUGAACAAAUAUGCUGAUUUAACUAUCGACGAAUUUGUGAAAGUAUUGAAUGGUUUCAAUGGUCAGAUGAAAGAAGACCGAAGUCAAAAUCAUCAAAUAUUCACAUCAGAACCAAAUUUUGAAUUACCAGAUACUGUUGACUGGCGUGACCAAGGUGAUGUUACACCAGUCAAAGAUCAAGGUCAAUGUGGAUCAUGCUGGGCUUUCUCAGCAGUUGGCUCCAUCGAAAGUGCAUAUGCCAUUAAAACUGGCCAACUUGUUUCACUCUCUGAACAACAGUUAGUUGAUUGUUCUGGUAAACAGGGUAAUAUGGGUUGUAAUGGUGGUUUGAUGGAUCAAGCCUUCGAAUAUGUCAAAGAAGCCGGUGGUAUUGAAAGUGAAAAUUCAUAUCCAUAUGAAGCUGUUGGCAAGACAUGCGUGUUUAAUACAUCAAAGGUUAUUGUCAAAGUCUGUGGAUUCAUUGAUAUUGCAUCAAAAGAUGAAGCAGCUCUUCAACAAGCCGUUGCUACUAUUGGACCAAUGUCAGUUGCUAUUGAUGCUAGUCACUCAUCAUUUCAGUUAUACAAGUGCGGUGUUUAUAACGAACCAGCUUGCUCACAAAACCAACUUGAUCAUGGUGUUCUCGCUAUAGGUUACGGUACAGCCUCGGGCAAAGAUUAUUGGCUCGUGAAAAACAGCUGGGGUUCAGGUUGGGGUGAUCAAGGUUAUAUCAAAAUGACACGUAACAAAAAUAAUCAAUGUGGUAUUGCCACAAUGGCCAGUUACCCAAUUAUUUGUUAA